GAUCCUGAGGCUCAUGUGCACCAUUGGUUUGGAAUCAGGGUUUUUCAACUCUCCGAGGUGGACCCUCCGUGUCCACCAACCCGAUUAAAGCGCCGAAUAUUUGCUUUUCGCCUACUUAAUUCCGUAAAAAGCACCCUCAUUGAGAGAAGGCAUACUUCGGAAUUUGCGCAACAUACACAACCACUUUUGUGUUUAUUUUCUGUUAUUUCAGUCACAGCUAUAUGUCAAAUGGAAUCGGAAGUUGCAAGAAAUGCUUUUAGAGACACGAGCGAUUAUCGUACAAAUGAUCCGUACAUUGAAGAUUUAAUUAACAUUUGGUUGAGAAAAUGCAUUCGUUCAAAAAGUAAUAAUCCAAGUAAUUAA